AUGGCUGAUACACAAAACCGAUACUACCCCCUGGACUCUUCGCUGGCACGAAAGCACAGGGGGAGACUUAAUCCUAUAAUUGAGGAGGAUAGCGAUGAUGGUAUGGUUCAAAACGGGGGUCGCAGGACAAGACGCGCAGGCAAUGCCCAACUCAAGAUUGAGGCAUGGCUAACACCGAUGAGCGACCACUUCCCUACACCAAGAGGAAUGAACUAUCUUUCUGCUCCUAUUCUCCCAUCAUCACCUUCAACCGACUCGGCUGCCGACACUUCACCAACCACAUCCAGUAACCCCUGGAACCGCCAUAGUGUCGCCACCGAGGCCACGGAGUUCGAGGAUCUCUAUGAUGUGACUGAUGAUGAAGAGGAUAUGCUCAAGCGAAAAGCGUCUGCUAGGUCGAGGCAGGUCCCUACCAAGCAACCGACCCCGCUUGUCAUUCCAGCAACACGCGAUAACUCUGUUGAGACGUGGUCUGCUGUGGACAAUAUGAAGAAGUCGAUGACUUCUCCAGUCCCUCUGACUCCUUCCGUCAAACUGACAAUGUCACCUGCUCAGAUGGAGUUCAUGCAUGGGCAACAUGCAGCAGAGACACCAACCAUGUCAGCUCCCCCAUCUUUGGAUGGGAGCUUGACUUCUGAGCAGCUCGCGGCUAUGAGUGCCCCGCCCACACCCAUAAUCGGAAACGAGGAUUCGAAUACCGAAGAUGCUUGGGCUGGUGUUCAACUACAACCCGGCGCUCUCGCUACCCUCCAUGCCCUUGCCAGUGGCGAGGAGAACCUCCAUGAACAACCAUCUCAAGUUCUUGAGGUGCCUGAGCAACAUUCUGUCCAACCAACUGUUGAGAUGCGACAGCAGCCAUUGCGACUCAUCACCAGCUUCCAGUCGCAGCCAGCUAUCAACAGGGCCUUCUCUCCUAACCCCAACCGUCAGUCCCUUGCAGACCUGACAAAGCUUGAUAUUCCAUCUCCAGGCGGUUUCUUCUCCGGUCUAUCUCCGCGAAGCCGAAACACAUGGCACAUGCCCUCCAAGUCCCCCGAGGAUAUGCCACCACCUACGUCCACCACCGCUGAACAGUUCUACCGGUGUCCCUGGAAUAUGGAUGCUUCGGUUCCCCCUGUCCCUAAGCGUAAGGAGCUCGUUGAGGAUUUUUAUCGCAGUGUCAGGUUUACACCCGCCCCCGCUGGGUCUAUCGUUGAGCAAGUCGUUGAGCUCAAGGAGGAGGAUGACUUCUCGGACGACAUGCCCACUGCUCGACCCGUCUUCGAGCACAAGACUGCUCCCUCUACUGUCGAGUCCGCCAACACCCCAGCUUCACCCCGGGCUGAGGAUGCUCCCACCGAGAUUGUGGUCGACUACGAUCCUGAGUAUGCUCGCAAGCAACAAAAGGAGGCUCUCUCCCAUUUUGAUCGCACUGAACUUUGGCUUAUGGCCCAACGAUCUUACCUUCGUGGUGUCCAGGAUGAGUCAACCGAGGACGAUGGGGGGCUCAACACCAUCACUGAGGAGGCUGAGGAGGAGAUUGAAGCUCCUCAAAUUCAAACUGAACUUCCUCCCCUCAAGGUUCAGCAAGAAACUUCGAUUGUUCCUGUCAAGAAGAGCGUUCGUUUCUCCAGCCUUGUCUCAACUUCUGAUCACCCAAAGCGUCUGCCUUCCAUGCUCGUCCGCCGCGAGUCUGCCUACUAUCGGGCAUUUCAAGACUACAUCAUCCGCAUACAGCGCCAAGAUGUAUUUGUCCACCAGCUUGCUCGAUUUGAGGCCAUCCAGGCCCAGCGUGUUUCCCUUAAGGAAUCUCACCGCAACCAGCUUCUCGGCAAGUACCAGCUCAGCGUCGUUCCCCAGUCCGCCAAGAAGAGACUCAGCGCCAAUGUUGCUCGUGGCGAUGAUAACAUCAUUGACGACCCUGAGAAGCUCCGCCGAGAGAAGGAAGUUGAGGCCAUGAACCAAAUGACCGUUGCUGCGUGGCACGUUGCCGCCAUGAAGAUGCUCAACGGUGGUCGCCUCAUUUCUGCUCCAGUGACCAAACGACUGGCUCGUCUUUCUCGCACAGCCCCUGGACAUGGCAGUACUACUCGCGAGCGCGCUAGAGUCCUUGACUUGGGCGGGCAGACUACCUGUGACUGGGCGUGGCACUGCGCGCUCCAGUACCCCAACACCAAGGUCUACACUGUCACAACCAAGUCCAUUCGUCAACUUUCCAACUGCAAUGUCCGCGGUCCCCCAAACCAUCGACAAGUUGCUGUUGAGAAGUUUUCUCGUCUCCCUUUCUCAGACAACCAUUUCGAUCUCAUUUCUGCCCGAGAGCUUCACAGCAUCCUCAAGCUUUUUGGCGAGAACGGGGAAGACGAGUGGGACACGUGUCUCAAGGAGUGCAUGCGCGUUCUCAAGCCUGGUGGCUAUCUUGAUUUCUCACUCUUGGAUUCAGACAUCAUCAACGCUGGUCCCGUUGGGCUGGCAAAGAGCGUUGAGUUUGGCUUUGCCCUUAAGACUCUUGGUUAUGACCCUAAUCCUACCAAGCUUUGGCUUGGUCGCCUGGCCCGUGCCGGCUUCCAAGACACUCGCCGCAUUUGGAUGUGUCUGCCCAUGGGUGCCAGGCGAAAUAUGUUCAAGCCUCCUAGCCCUCCUUUGAAGGAUAGCCCUAAUGGCCAGGAUGUCAAGACCUGCCAGAUGGACGCCAUGGUUAUGGGAAGCAGUGAUGAUAUUGCUAGCGCUUGCAGCAUUGCUGGUGGCUGGAACUGGGAGCGAUGGCUCCUCCGCUGUGAGAUGGAGAAGGUUGCUGGUGAGCUCCGGCUCGCCGAUACUACUACUACUGGAACUGCCAUGGAGGAAGCUGGCAAGUGUCUGGAUGGCGUCGCUGCCGUGUUCGAGGAGGGCCGAAACUGCAAGUCCGGCUUCCGAAUGCUCAACGGUUAUGCUCAGAAGCCCAAGGCUGGUACUGAGACCAUCAAGAUUGCUCUCUGUGAGUGA